AUGCACAUCAUCCUCAACCCAACCCCACUGAUUGGCUCCUCACCAAACAUUCUCGAACCAUCACCAGAAGCAAAUCUCUUUCCCGGUCCCGGAUCUUGUCGCAACACCAUGGCAUCACUACGCCGUUUCAGCCUCGUCUUCUACGUUCCACCCACCAAUGCCUCCGCAUGCAAAGCCGCCAUCUUCAAAGCCGGCGCGGGCCGCUAUCCCGGUCCUGGCGGGUAUACUGAGUGCGCGUGGCAGACGUCGGGGAUUGGACAGUUUAGGCCGGGAGAUGCGGCGAAUCCGGCUAUUGGCAAGGUUGGGGAGUUGGAGGAGACGCCGGAGGUUAGAGUUGAGACGUUGAUUAUUGGGGAGGAGACGGUGCGGAAGGCUGUUGCGGCGCUGAAAGAGGCCCAUCCGUAUGAGGAAUGUCCGUAUCAGGUCUAUCGGGUAGAGGACUUUUGA